AUGAUUUAAUUUUUAUCCCUCCCGUUACCUAAACUAAAUAUCUUAUCUCUAUAUCACGAGCCGAGCCACCACAACGUAAGGGUCCAAUUCGAAUUCUAUCGGGUUCAAGCCCAAUAUCUCUCUCCUCACUCUUUCUCUCUCCUCUUUCAUCGGCGUAACCCUAGAUCUCGCCGGAUCGGCAAUUCGGACCGCUUUUUCGGGUUUUCAACGGCGAUUCAGCUCGUUCUGUUGGCGGAUCUUUUCGGAUCGGUGAUUCUCGAGGAUUUGCCUUCUCUACUAAAAUGGAAGCAUCCGCGGAAAAUAAUCAUCAGCUUGUCUCUGUAGAGACACAGCCAGAUGAUGCUGAAAUGCAUACUGUCAGUGUAGAACUGCAGCCAACCAGUGAUGAACUGCAGUCAAACGGUGUAGAACUGCAGACGAAUGGUGUUGAACUGCAGACGACCAAUGUAGAGAUGCAACCUGCUAGUUUAGAGAUGCAACCGACCAAUUUAGAGAUGGAACCAGCUAAUAUAGAAAUGCAAACUGCUAGUUUAGAGAUACCACCAGCCCAUUUAGAGAUGCAACUGACAAAUUUUGAAAUGCACUCACCAAAUAUGGAAAUUCAGGAAGCUGGUCUAGAAUUACAGCCAGGCAGCAAUGUAGACAUGCAAAUGCCCCUUGGCAUUGAAACACAGCCUCCUAGUAAACGCAGGAAGAAGAAGUCAAUUGUUUGGGAGCACUUCACCAUCGAGAAUGUUGGUGCUGGAUGCAGAAGGGCUUGCUGUAAGCAAUGCAAGCAAUCGUUUGCAUAUAGUACAGGUUCUAAAGUGGCAGGAACCAGCCACCUCAAACGCCAUAUUGCCAAAGGAACCUGCCCUGUUGUUCUUCGCAAUCAGGAGAAUUCUCAGUUAUCCCCCUACAGUGCACCUUCUAAGGUCGGCGGGCCUGGACGGCUUAAUGAUGCACCGAAACGCCGAUACAGAACUGCUAGUGUGCCUUACUUUGCAUUUGACUCGGAUCGCUGUCGUCAUGAGAUUGCUAGGAUGAUAAUCAUGCAUAACUAUCCCCUUCACAUUGUCGAACAUCCAGGCUUUAUUGCUUUUGUCAAGAAUCUUCAGCCUCGGUUCGAUAUGGUGAGCUUCAACACAGUUCAAGGAGAUUGUGUGGCAACUUAUCUUAGAGAAAAGCAAACCCUGCAGAGAUUGCUUGAAGGAAUUCCCGGGCGUAUCUGCCUGACACUUGACCUGUGGACUUCUUCCCAAACCGUAGGCUAUGUUUUUGUUACAGGGCAAUUUAUUGAUAGUGAAUGGAAGAUGCACAGAAAGAUUCUUAAUGUUAUUAUGGAACCAUAUCCUGAAUCGGAUUCUGCUUUUAGCCAUUCUGUUGCUGCUUGUCUUUCUGACUGGAAUAUGGAUGGUCGAUUAAUUUCCCUCACCAUUAACCAGUCGUUGACAGAUGCUGCAGUGGAUAACCUAAAAGCUCUGCUUUCAGUCAAGAAUCCUAAUCUGCUUGGUGGUCAGUUACUAUUGGGGAAUUGUCUCGCCCGUUCUUUUAGUAGUAUAGCGCAGGAAGCACUGAGGGGUGCACAAGAGACUGUUAAGAAAGUUAGGAACAGUGUCAAGUAUGUUAAAACCUCUGAAUCCCAUGAAGAGAAAUUUCUUGAGCUCAAGCAACAACUUCAAGUCCCCAGUGCAAAGAGCCUAGCUUUGGAUGACCAGACACAAUGGAACACAACAUAUGAAAUGUUGUUGGGUGCUUCAGAGUUGAAGGAAGUCUUUUCUUGCCUGGAUACUUCUGAUCCGGAUUACAAGGAAGCUCCAUCUAUGGAAGACUGGAAACUGGUCGAGACUCUAACUACCUACCUGAAACUACUGUUUGACACAGCAACACUCUUAACUACUCCUGUCAUCCCAACCACAGACACGUUCUUUCAUGAAAUUUGGAAGAUUCAACUGGAGCUGGCUCGUGCCGCCUCAAUUGAGGACCCGAUCAUCAGCAGCAUUACCAGGCCAUUGCAAGCAAAUUUUGAUAAAUACUGGAAAAGCUGUUGCCUGAUUCUGGCAAUUGCUGUAGUCAUGGAUCCCCGAUUCAAGAUGAAGCUUGUUGAAUUCAGUUUCAAUAAAAUAUACGGGGAUGAAGCUGCCGCAUACAUCAAGUCAGUCGAGGAUGGAAUUCACGAGCUCUUCAAUGAGUAUGUGCAACUUCCAUUGCCUCUCACUCCGACUUAUGUGGAUGAAAUAAAUGGGGCAAGCAUUAAGCAAGAAGAUGGAGGACCUUUUCCAUCGAGCAAUGGACUUGGGCUAACCGAUUUUGAUGUAUAUAUCAUGGAGUCUACCAGCCAGCAGUCAAAAUCAGAGCUGGAUCAGUACUUGGAGGAGUCAUUGUUGCCCCGGGUUCACGAGUUUGACGUAAUAGGCUGGUGGAAACUAAACAAGAGCAAGUACCCUACUCUUUCAAAGAUGGCUCGUGAUAUGUUAUCAGUUCCAGUGUCUACUGUGGGACCUGAUCUGGUAUUUGACACUGUUGGGAAAGAGAUGGAUCGAUACAGGUGCUCCUUGCGUCCGGAGACAGUGGAAGCCCUCAUUUGUGCAAAGGACUGGCUGCAGCGCGACAUGGCAGAAGCACUAACUGUUCCAAUCAAAAUGGAUUUUCCAAUAUAGUUCUAUAUUGGUUCUGUAUUGUUUGCAUUUGUAGCUAACAGUUUAAUCUUUAGACUAAAGCUUGUGUUUCUGAAUUAUGACAUUGGAUGUUUGGAAAGUUAGAUUUUUAAUUUUUGUAUGAUAAUGUGGAUGUUUCAGAAACUAGAGUUGAAUGAAUGCUUCAGUAUUUAUCGCU